CUAUCGUACGUAUGCAGACGACAGAAGCAAUGGAGGUUUCUUCAGCUCUGAAGGUGAGAAGAGAAAGGAAAGCGUCACUGGCACUCCCUGAACACACUCGCUCACUGGAUGUGAACGUUGCCUGUGUGUCACCCACGGUUCAGUGUACAGCGUGCCAGAUCACGCUUGACGAUGCCGAAGGCCAGCGACGUCACUACAAAACCGACUGGUGAACUAGCGACAACGAUGAGAUACAGCUCGUGGGUGGUGUUUGAACUAUCGCAUUGUCCUCUCAGGCACCGCUACAACCUCAAGCGCAAGGUGGCUGGUGAGUUAGCGUGAGUAUAUGACCACAAUACUCACCCGGCCCACCGAUCAGCGCGCGUGUGUCCUGACUGACUGACUGACUGACAGGCAUCGGUCCCAUCUCUCUCCAGAUGUUUGAGCGUAAGCCCUUGCAGCGUUCAUCGUCUGGCCAAUCUGUAUGUGCCUGCGUGAUGUCAGGCAAGCUGGCGCUGCUCGCAUCAGUUCCGGUCAGUCAGUCCUGCAGUCAGUCCGUGAGUCACUCCACAUACAAUGUGGCCCUUGCAUGUCCUCUGUCUGCACUGUGUGGUGUUUGUUGUCUGUCCCCAGGUGACGGUCAAGGGCGUCGGCCAUCUGAAGCAGACAGACAGGAGGAAGGGGGGCAGAGGGGACAAAGACGACAAGACUGCCGCAUCCUCGAGCACCGCCGAGGCGCCCUCUGCCGCUGGGCCAGCACAGCCGAGCAGCGUCGAGUACAAGCUGACGCAGUGCUUCUUCGAUGACACUGAACACGAGAGCAUCGACAAGUGAGAGAGAGAGAGGGAGAGAGAGAGAGGGGGAGAGAGAGACGUGGAGGAUGGGUGUCUGUCUGUCUGUCUGUGUGAGUGUGCAGGCUGCUGACAUACAUGGGCCAGCACUACUCGUUCUUCAUUCCUGACGCAGAGUACCUGGUCGACAUCAAGGGCCUGCUCAGGUGGGCGGCUCGGCGGGUGGUGUCAUGUCAUGCGAGAGCGAUGUCAUCAAUGCUGGAUUGUCUGUCUGUCUGUCUGUCAGGUUCCUUGGCGGCAAGGUGUUCGAGCGACACCAGUGUCUGUACUGCAACAAGGUCUUUUCAAGCCUGUCCGCUGUCAGAGACCACAUGGUGCGUCGGCUGUCAACCACACCCACGCUCACCACACCCAUCGUUUGGCUCUGCUCGCUUCACUUCAUUUAGUUGGCCAAAGGUCACACGCAGGUGGGCAUCGACAACGAGGAGAUACUGGCGGAGAUCGAGCCCUUCUACGACUACCGGGCCUCAUACAAGGAGGUACAGGAAGAAAGACACCCCACCCACACAGGCGCAGAGGGAGAACACCAGUACUACCAGCCCCAACCAACACGGACUGCCAUUCCUCCCUUGUCCUUGCUGCCUGCCUGCAGCUGUACGCUGCGCGUCGUUUGAAGAGCGAUGGCAAACAGCCCCCUCCAUCAACAGCAGCAGUGGAGGGGCCUGAGCGGAUGCGUCUGAGUGACAUCCCGGAGGAGGCCGCUGGUGAGGAGGACGAGUGGGAGGCCGUGGACGAGGAGGGCGAGAUCGACAUCAGCGAUGAGGAGGACUUCGGCGCCAUACUCGAGCAAUAGUGAGUGCCCAAGGGCCGGACGGAAUCAUGGACUGGCAAAAGAACGCUGCCACACUUUUGGUUCCCUCUGCCUGUCUUGCUCUCCUUCUUCAGCGGAUUGUCGAGUGCUGAGGUGACUGCGACUGGCAACCUCAAGCUGCCCGAUGGAAGAGAGUAGGCAACACACGCCACGCCAGCCUUACACACCGUCACUGCCGCCAACUGCGCUGUCUGUCCCGAUCUCAUUGACGUCAGGGCUGCCCAUCGGUCGGUGGCUUACGUCUAUCGCCAGCGCAUACCCAACCGCACCCCGCCUGGCGGCCCUGUCGCUGCAGCCCUCCAGGACAAGACCAACAACCCCAGACUCAUGCUCACUGAGGUCGGGCUUGGUGCAUGAAUGGACUGCAUUGCUCGUGUGUGUGUCGUGGUGUUGUAUUGUAUUGUGGCUUUGCUUGCGUGUCUGUCAGGGCAAGGAGCUGACCGCCGACGAGAAGAUGGAGAAGCGCCGGCUGCGCAAGGAGACGGCAUCCAUCCUCAAACGACACCUCGCCGAACAGACAAGGUGAGAAGCAUGGCGACAUGGAUGGAUGGAUGGAUCGGCUAAUGCUGGUGUGUGCAUUGUGUGUGUGUGUGUGUGAGUGUGUGUGUCAGGUUGGGUGUCAAGAGCAACAGGCUUGCUCGGAACAUCGUGCGUUCUGAGCAAUGUUCGUCGGGGAGAUGACUGGUCGGUCGUGUGGGCGUGGCGUGCACGCGUGAAGCCCUUGACAGCUGUGUGCAGUGACGGGCAACCCGUCCAUGUGCAGUGGUUUGCAGUGUCUCUCUUUCUCUGAGGAAUGACCUUGUAUGUGUAUGGGAUGACGUUGUUAUCUUCCUGGCCUGGCGACGGUGUGCAGUGAAGUACAUGAAAUGCAUUAAACCCACAGACGUAUGGAC